AUGUCUUACAAUACAAACAACACUAUUUAUGAUAUCUCCAAUGUCCGGCAAUUCUUGAUCAAUUCGUCUUUAGAAGAAAUCAAGGUUCUUCUUUUAAAUACAACAAUAUCAGUUAAAGCUAGUGAACAGGAACAAUGUCUCACGCGAAUUAAUAAGCUCUGUUCAACAAAGUGGAACAAAAAACAUAAAUAUAUCAAAACAAAUUUAGUUUUUAGAAAAACAAGAAAAUGUCACCGUGCUAGAAAAUAUGAAUCUCAAUGCCAGACAUACAUUGCUCAAAAGGAUAUAAAGACAUGUUCUUGUACAGCUGCUCUGCAGAUUAAGCAGUACAUUAGCAACCAUAAUGUUGUCACUUUCUGCCAAACAAGAGCUUAUGUCUACCAUGUUCCCGGUGAGAGAAAGGAAAUCAGAACACUUUCUUUGCCUUCUGAGACAAUUAGAAUAAUCAAAGAAAAGUUGAAAAGUGACAGCAGCUAUAGAAGUACCAGAAUUUCUGUGUUGAGACAGAUCAAUGAUUGGGGUGUGGGUGCUAGAAAGCCUAAUUAUGAAGAAAUUUACAACACAAUGAGAAAGAUGACUACUUUGUUGUAUGUGUUUGCUUCUGAUGAAAAUGCAUCUAUUUCUAUCUGGUUAAACAUGAAGUUAGUAUCAAUGAAUUAUUGCAUCUUUGAUAUCAAUCUUUCUGUCUACAACAAUGUUAAAAAACAGUUUGCCAUUGGUUUCAAAUCACCAGCACAAGUGUCAAUUAUGAGAAUUAAGAUUAAGUUAAACACGUCUUUCACUUCAAAACAACUUGGAAACUAUAAGAUUGCAUUGAAAAACUACUUGAGCCAGAUUCUCAUCAAGUCAGACAAAGAAACAUUUUUAAAAGCUAUCAAUGAUUUCAAGCAGUUGAUCCAAGAUCAACCUCAAUUUCUGCAAUACUUUGAAAAGAAAUGGACAAAAAACGAAGAAUUAAAAUUAGAUCGUCUCAUCUUUAGCUUGACAAAUGAUAUUGAGUUCUUUUAUGAACAGAAAGUUGAGCGCAUCUAUUUCAAUAAUAGUAAAAUGGGACCCACUGAAAAUGAGUUGUCAAGAAAUUCUUUUGCUGUAUCAAAGGCCCAAGAUGACAUGCUUCCUUCCAUAAUUCUCAAUCCUCUGAAUGAGAUUAGUAAUAGCAUGGAUGAUUAUAAUAGUGAAUGUCAGAUAAAAUCUUUUAUUACUCAGGAUAAAUGCAUUCAUUCUUGCUUAAAUGCUACUGUGAUAUUGAAUUUUGGAUUUUUCAAGGGAAGAGAGAUUGCACGAGUAGAGUUGAGCAGACAAGACUAUACAAAUGAAAACGAAGGCAAAACUUUGAAGACAGUUUCAAACUUAGACCAAACAGAUGCAGAAGAGAUGAAAAGAGCACUUGCACAUGCUAUACAAUUGAUGGAUAAAUAUAGAAGCAAGAAUCCUUUAUACUUUAGAAGCUUAAAUACUCAAAGAUAA